AUGGUUCUGCUUAUCUUUCUUGCCUUUCUGUCACUCUGGGGCGGUCUAGCUGCUGCAGAGCGCCGCCAGUGGAGUGGAAUGGCGGGCCGCGGGUGGGGAUCCGCCUGCCUGCUCUCUGCGGUGAGAGCAAUGGGCAAAGAUGCUCUCUGUCUGUCUGCCGCAGAGUUCGCGCCAUUUCCACUGAGUCCGCUCCUGAGGAGGCCUCAGCCGGCAGGCCAGGCGCCGCUGCGCGAUGUGCCGCUGCUUCACGCUUGCGGCGGCAGACAGCGGAAGCUAGCUGCAGCUACGCCUCGGGCGAGACAUGGCGGGCGUCGCAGCAGAGACUGGCUCGCUUGCUGCCAGGGAGGGAGCGACUCGCGCGCGAGCGAGGCAGGGACAGGGUUUUCUUCAGGCGGGGUCCGGCGGCCUCGGUCAGGGUGGAACGAUCGCUCAGGAUUCCUGCAAAGCCGGCCGGCGUUUCUCUCGAGGACUCUUCCCCCGCGUCUGCCCGCUCGGAACGCCUCCAGCUUCUCAUGGUCGCGUAGCGCGAAACGCGAUACGUGUGCAUCGGGAACUCGACCGAGUUCCCGAUGCGCGCAAUUCCGCAAGUGGCUUACGCACCCCUCUCUCAGCUUCGCGAGCCGCCUCCUGGGGUCGUCCCCUGCCCCCUCAGACACAUGGAGGCGCCCGUUUGGGUGGCGCCGAGACGCUGUGGCGUUUUCGAGGGGCGAUUCUCUCCCUCCAGCUUCGCGGUCUGCUUCCUCCGUGUCUUCUUCCCGCUUCAAUCCCGUCCGCGGCAGCCAAGAUCUCCCUCCGCUGCUGUGGCGGCUCCACCAUUGGCUUUUCUCGCGAUGGCGAGAGACCGCCACUUCGUUCGGAUUUCAGGAAUUCUCCACGCCGGUUGUGGAGCACGCGGAGCUGUACGUCCACCCUGCGGGCGAGCCCCGCAGUCGCCGCCUGGAGGGCGCGUGCGACGCCGAAGGAGACGCCCGGAAAGGGUGGGACGUCGGUUUCGCCCGCAACUCCGCCGGACCGCGUUCAGCAGCAGAGUCGCUCGAGCCUGGAGGAGAGGCAAAUGGUGAGGAGAUGCACUCCUCCGCUCGGGGGGGCGCCUCUCAGGGCCACGGCGCGCCCGUGGCGGGGGGGAGCCUGGGCGGCUCCGGUGCCGCCUCAGACUCCGCAGCAGAGCGGCAGACGCGAAGCGCGCAGGGCGCGUCACGCGAAUGCUGCGUGGGCAAUGUCCCUCCGCAUCUGUAUCUGUUCAGAGACCAGAGCGCGAGGGUCCUCGCGCUUCGGCCGGAACUCACGCCGUCUCUGUGUCGCCUGCUGCUGCGCCUCUACCACGCGAAGCCGGGGCGGGAGGCGAGCAGCCUGCCGCGCGACGAGGAGGGAGCCUCGCAGGAGGGCGAGAAGGCCGGAGGCGAGCCGCAACGAGGCGGCUGCGCCCUGGCGACCCUCGAGCGCCUCGUCGCCUCGCCAACCCUGCCUGUGCGGUGGACGUCGAUUGCAGACUGCUGGCGCUACGAGCGCAUGGCGCGCGGCCGCCGCAGGCAGCACUGGCAGUGGAAUCUAGAUAUCGUGACGGGGCCGAGCGACGCGGCAGACAACUUUUGGAAGGCCGGCCAGGAAGAGCCGCGAGCGACUGACCGACAGGUCGGAACCGACGGCGAAGGCAGACGAGAAGGGGGGGCAGACCUCGAGAAACCACGUCUUCCCGAUGUGCGCCCCGAAGCAGAAGUUCUCGCGGCGGCCGUCUCUUUGCUCGAGAAGCUGGGUCUCGGCCCCGAAGACGUCGAAAUCCGCGUAGGGAGCCGCAGGGUCCUGGAGGCGCUUCUUGUCCGGCUCGGGGUCGUAGACGGACCGGCGCUCUGGCUGGAGGGCGGAGAGGGAGCGGCGGGGCAAAGCCACGCAAACCUCAAAGCGAGAGAGACUGGAGUAGAGGGAGCGCGUGCCGCGGCAGUGAGCGGGGGGGAAGAGGGAUGGCAGGAGGGCCCUGCGAUAGGAGUCGCAGGCGCGCCUAGUGACGAGGGACACGCUCAAAAAUGCGCAGUUGGGUCGCCAGCUGAGGCGCGGCGAAACGCCGACCCGCAGGGCGGCGACCUGCGGCAGGCGACCCGAAGGAUCGGGGACCAAGAGAGACGGGCUUGCGACGCGCUUGACGUGGUGGACGGCACAAGCCUCGAAUCACGAGAGGUGAAGCGGGGAAGCAGGCAAGAAAGGGGCACGCAGAACUCCCGUCGGGUGACAGAGAGAGAGGAAGAGCGCAACAAAGUCGAGCAGAUCUGUCAACUGCUGGAUCGGCUCGAACGCACCCCUGUGGACGCGGUGCUCCCGCAGCUCGUACACGUCACGGGGUUGGACCGUGCAAAGGCUCUCUCUCUGAUUGACGCCAUCCAGUCGUUCGAUCCCUUAACUCCGUCGAGCCCUCCGGAAUCAACCCCUCGCGGCGUGCCCUCUGCUUCCUGCGUGCCACGCUCUCCAUCGCCCCCUGCCGCAACUUCUUUGGCCGGCGGAGGCUGUGCGGCCGCACAGCUGCCCGCCUCGUCUUUGUCCGUAAGCGACGCUUAUCUCCGCGCAGCCGCUGAGGAAGUGCGAGCGCUCUUCAAGCUCUUUCCUCUGUACGGAUUCUCGCCGCGGUGGCUGAAGUGGCAUCCGCUAACCGUCCGCGGGCUGAGCUACUACACGGGCCUCGUGUUUGAGGCGUUCGAGCGCGUCGCCUCUUCGCCCCCCGCGUCUCAGGAGGAGGGUUCAGCGACCCGAUUCAGCGAGGCCGGCGCUGAAGCACGCGGAGGAAACGCGGGCGCAGAUAGCGUCGGCGGCGCGCGGCCGGCCUUGCCUGACUCCGCUGCGCCGUCGGCAGUUGCUUCUCUCUUCAGACCGCGGGCCCUUUUUGGAGGCGGGCGCUAUGUGAAGCGCGGCCGACAGCCGGGCGAAAGCUCUACGCCGUUCGCGGACUCUCCCCGAGACCGCGGCUCGCGCGAGGCGAAGGAAGCUGGCAAGCCCCUCGCAGACCGCGCGACUUUUCCAGUCGGCCUCUCGCUGAGGAAACGGUUCUCGAAGAGCGGCAUUUCGGCUGUCGGCCUCGGCAUGGGGGACGCAGUCUUGCUCGAUCUCCUUGACCGCAGGGGCCUUCUCCCAGACCUCCGCCCCUCUGCGGAGCCGCUCGUCGACUUGCUUGUCGGCGUCCUCGACCCCUGCACUCAGGCCGUGCAGGCCGCGGACGGUGCGGGCGUCUCCGCCUCUGUCGCCGGUCAAGGAACCCCAGCCCGGACGCAGGGCUGCCAGUCCCUCGGAGACGGCUGCGGGCAUGCGGACGCCGCCCAUGCGGCGGCGAUCGGCCUGGCGCAGAAACUCAGGCGGGAAGACUGGAGCGUGGAGCUGUUCCUUGGCAGCGCAGACGGCGAGGCCACGUGGCAGACGCUGCUGAAGAGAGCCGCGGAGCUCGGUGCCCGCGUGGUCGUGGGCGUCGCAGCCCCAGCGAGACUCGAGAGCGAGGAGGCAAUUGAAACCGACGCGCGCAGCCACAUCGCAACACAGACACAGCCGCGGGUCCUGUAUUCCGUGCGUCUCGUUUCACCGCUCGCUUCGCGUUGCGACAGGGGGACGCGUGAACACCGGGCGUCGCAGAAGCGCGAGAAAGGAAAUCGUGAGGACAAAGCAGACUGCCUCCUGAGGUCUAAGAGGUCGACGGAGAGAGAAGACAAGACGCCGAUCUUGCUAACGGCGCAUGACGCGAGGGCAGUCGCAGACGCGCUGAAAGGCUUGGAAGCCGAUCUUCGGGGCAAGGUACGAGCUCCAAAAGACGGAGCGUCAUGA